UCUACUGUAUUUUCGUUAGGUAAAUUUAGCAUAUAAAGUAAUUUUGACGCAUGCUCUACUAUAAUGUGCAACUCAUGUGCAUCUUUUGCAUUUACAUCUACGGUUUGAUUAUCUUCAUCAAAAAUAAAUUCUGCCAAAUUAGAAUUCGUUAACAAAAGUAUGUUGCCGUUUAUUGCAUCAAACAAUUUACUUUAUCUUUAAUAGAAACUAAAGACAUCAAAUAUGAUUUAUCUGGCAGCGGCUCAUCUUUUUCUUUUAUAAUCUCUUUGAACGUAACAAUGUAAUCGUUAUUGUGAUUAGAUAUAUUAAAGCAAUUUCUUGGGAUAAUAACUUCACUAAGUCCGACAGCCCAAUUUCCAUGUAAAUUAAUAGGAGGACUCGUUUUGACUAUGAAAUGAGACUGGGUAUUUUCAGGAAACAAAUCGAUAUUUGCAUUACUUAUCAAUGUAACAAAAAAGUCUGACUGCAUCAUUUUGUUACCUUUUGUAAUUCUUUGGUAUAAAACCUUCCUUCUAGAAUCUCGUUACUUGUGUCUUUUAAUAUGUAUGUUGGAGGAUGCGAUAAAAAUCGAUCAUGAAUAAUAAAUAUUUGUUUUGUCCACCCUGGCAGAUAUCCACGACUAAAUGUUUUACAUAUUUUUGAAAUUUGAACUAAAUCACCAAUAUUAAUUUGAAGGAUAGGUUUGGUGGCACCAAUAUUAAAUUUAAAUUUACUUUUCUUUUUUAUACCAUAUAGCCUAUCAAAAAUUGUACCAUAAUGCAAAAGACUAACUUCAGAUGGAGCCAUACCAAUACUUCUGUGAAAACUAUUAUUAUAUCCUUUUACGAUAUCGUUUAAUUUGUCGAUAUAUUGAUAAGAAUUGCGGAAUAUUCAUCUAUAUGUAUUGGAAAUAUGGCAUAUGAUUGUGAAAUUUGCUGCACACUACUUAAACGUCAGGGUCUAUUAUUUACUAUAAUUCCAUUAUUACAAUCAUCCCAUCAACAAAUUGUAAGAUCAUGUUUAUUUGUUCUUCAAAACUUCAGUAGAUAUCUUGAUAAAAAUGACAUAGAAAAACUGACUAACGAGGGCAUUUUAACCAUUAUUUCAAAACUACUAUUAAGUAAACUAUCCAGUCAAAGUUUACUUCACGAUAUCUACAAUAUACUCUUUCAUUUCACUGCACACAUUGAGUCCUGCAAACAAUAUUUUCAUAAAGAAGCCAUUCAUCUAAUUGCUCUGAAUCAUUUGAAGUUCUUCUGUUUAGAUCAGUUCAAAAAUGUAUCAAUUAUUACCACAAUUGUGAGAAUCUUGGGAAAUUUAACAUCUUCUGAUGAUACUUUUUCUGUCGAAAUUCUCAAUCAUAAAUAUUUUGAAGACUGUCUCUCUGAAUUAAUUACUUCUUCAUUUCGUCAUAUCAGAAAAGAAAUUUUAUGGCUUUUACAGAAUAUUUUUGCAUCAUGUAACAAAACGUUUCUAUGGAGUAAUAUUAAUGUGCCUUCGUUAAUCAACACUCUUUUACUACUGCAUCAUAGGGAUGAUUCUGCAAACGAGGCUCUCUAUAUCCUGCAAGAUUUAUCUGACCCAAACCCAUGCCGUUCGUCUGUCCUUUGAAAAGAAAUAAUAAUUUGUACAUAAAUUAAAUUGUAAAGUGAGCACUUUUGUUAUAUAAAAAAGAAUUUAC